GCUGGGUGCGGUUUCAGCCAGGAGCAGUGUUUACAAAAGCAUGCUCUCCCUCUCCUCUCCGGGCAGGGCGAUGGCGGGGAGUGGAGUGUACGCACGACACGGCUUCGUCCGGUGGUCCGCCAUCGCCUCCAUAAUCUCCAUCUUCUUCUUCUCCACGCUGCUCUACGGCCUUCCACUCGCCGUCUCGUUGUCGCUCCUCGCCUCCUGCGCCUACUGCUCUGUUACAUACCUCAGUUUCACACUGGACGGACGCGACGGACGAAUAAGUCUGGAACGAGGCUACGACAAACUCUUUACAGCUGUGUACGGAGCGAGCAGUGUUUGCUCGCAACGGGCGCUUCGGAAAGAAGAGAAAGGAGACGGCGAUGAAGAAAUGGAGAGCGCCCGGGCUCAACCGUCUCUGAGCUGCCACAAAGAGGCGCAGAAGAUGAUACGACUCAUAAUGCGAGACUUCGUUAUCGAGUGGUACAAAAACGUAACGACGGAGGACGAAUUUCCCGGAGACUGUCAUAAGAUACUCGAGCACAUAGCGUUGGAGAUAAACGUACGCGUGCAGCAGAUAGACCUGGACGAAGUAGUGCGUGAGCUCCUAUCGGCCGUUCUGCCUUAUCUUGAGGCACUGAACCAGGCAGGGAGGGUAGAGUACAACGGGGUCGAGAUUUUUGACGUCGGUCACGAGCGAUGCCUGCGACAUUUCGAGGAAACCCCAUCGGUAGCCCAUCGGGCCCUGCGAUCGCCGGAGAGUGAGACACGCUACCAUCGACAGCUCCUUGAUUCUGUGCUGCAGUGUGCCCUCCCAGAAGAGUACCGAAGCUGCGACGUCACUUGUCUUCUUCUGAGAGAGAUUCUCCUGCGGAAUGUUCUGGAACCGGUUCUCUCUCUAGUCUGCGACCCUGAUUUCCUGAACAAGGUGAUACCAGUCAUCCUGAAGAAGGCAGAUCCGGCUGAGGUACAAACUGUCUUGAACCACAUCAGGGAGGAGAACAGGGAACUUGAGUGUGCCCAAAUGAAGGGGCGACUGAUGCAGGCACACAGACGUCCAACGCAGCGGUUCCAUUCCAUGUCAGAGCACUACCCGCUGUCUACGAAACCGAUUCCCGUUCCCCUGAGUCGGAUCUAUGCAGAGUCGUUUGUCGUGCAGGAAGGUGGGGCUAGAGUGGAAGAGGGGGAGGAGGAGAGGGGGGAGGAAGACGACGUCGACGCAGGUCACGAGGUAGUGAGGGGGGAGGAGGGGGAGAGGGGGGAAGAAGGUGAGAGUUCAAUUGAAAUUCCAAUGUGUGAGGAAGAGGGGAUCGACGGGGAAGCCAUUUUCUCUUCCUCUCCAACAUCGUCUCUCGGCUCAUCCGACGAUACUCCGACCCUCCCGAGAAAAGGCUCGUUUCUGGGACUGUCCUCUAUGGUCCGAAGGAAGUUGUCACGGCGACAGACCCUCCCAAACACGUCUCCACGGCAAUGGCCACAGACUCUGCCCACCUCGUCGCCGAGGCCGCUGUCGUCGCUGGGAGGGGGUGUGGCCAGUUUGUCGUCGGUGGAGAGUGACCCAGAUCUGGUGUGUGUGGAGUUGCCUCCUGUCUUUGCCACUCGCUACAUCCAUGUCCGUCACAGCAGCACCACUUACAUUGGCUACGUUUUCAAGUUCCCAAAGACGAUGUUGUCGCCGGGAGACCUCCAGGAGCUGGGCGUGAUCAACGAGGACACGCACCUCGAGUCGGUCAAGAGGUAUAGCGACUUCACUCGCCUCCACCAGCAGCUGCAGAAGAUCCCCGAGCUCCUCCGACACGCUCAAGGUUUGGAUCUCCCUGAAAAGCAUGGUUUUGCCAACGUGGUCUCGAGACUCCCGUUCACCAGUAGAGAUCUGGACCCAACAGCUCUUCUAGAGAGAAAACAAGGACUCGAGAAAUACAUCCAGUUAAUGAGCUCCAGACAAGAAAUUCUGGAUAGCCGCAUUUUCCAAGAUUUCCUGAAGUCUGGAAUUCUUCUCCUGAGAGAGAUCAACUCUCUUCACCUGUACAAGUCCCGACACAAGAGGACGCUACUUGGCGGGAUCAUGAAAGGCCAAUCAGACGACUCCGAGCCCCUCCCCAAACGACCAAUGGAGAGUGUUUUGAGUGCCUUCCUCAACACCACUCUACCUCUCCCCUGUCGAAGACUGAACACGCUCGUCACGCAAAACCGGGCUCCCCAAACCGGUCAGGCGAGUUCGCCAGUCAUCACUCACCGGAAGAGGAGGGAGAGGUUAGUAAAGGCGUCCACACUGGACGAUAGUUCGACACGAGGGCUCGGGAGUGAGGAUGGAGAGGAGGUGAAACGAAGAACUUCGUCUCUGACAGAUUCUGAGAGGGUUUUAGAGAAAAGGGCAGGUGGUAGUGUUGGAAUUGACAACGAAAACGAUGACAGCUGCGUUGAACAACCAGACUCAGGGAAGUGUGUCGGCAAUUGCCAUGGAAAUGGCGUUACCGUGGACACGGUCACUAUUAAUACACAGCUGAAAUCGCAAGCUGCUGACACUGAAUCGUUCCUGGCAAAAACAAGACGCCAUCUGGUUCAUUUCGUUUCGUCGGUCGUGUUUGUAUCUCGCACGAUCGUGACCGUCGUUUGCCAGUGCUCUAUACCGUUCACCCAACACACGCUCACCUCUCUCACUCGCUCACAACAACAGACGAAUCCGUUGAGCGACGUUCUACUUGCCCUCGGGACGGAAGCUUCUAGAAGACAUUGUCCCGAGCUCUGGGCCACCGACAAAUCAACACAGACAGCUCUCCUCACGCUGGUGGGCGGGGCCAUCGAUCGGUUUCUAUCGGAGGAGCUUCAGAGUGUGGUGAAGAAGGAGGAGAAUUGGAUGAGGAUGUUGUACAGGCUGAGACACGUUCUGUGGGUGGAGGGCUGCAAUGACCUGGACCGCAGCCCGAGAGAGACGCUGACAGAGGGAGAGAGGGAGGAGAGGAAGAAGGAGGCUAUUGCGGCUUUCAAAAAGUUUCUCCCGAAUUUUCUGCCCUAUGUGGUUGGGUCGGAGGACUACAGCCAUGCAGUGACACAUUGUCUGGAAUGCCUGAAAAAUCCUCAUAUCAACAGACACUUCUUUCUGAGGGUAUUUGACAUCCUACUACCCAAACUGAUUCCCGAGCUCCAUAGCGAUGAGUUCCAAAAGCGGUUGGCACGGCUACGAACCCUGACCUCCACCCACCACCAGCACACGCACAAGCUGCCACAUUCGUCCAGACCUCUCACUUCGUACCCCAAAAAACAUUGAGCAAAACACACUUUGUUUGUUGAUUUCGUUGUUAUGUCAGUAUGUGUCGUUAUAAAAACACAGGAAAUUUAAUUUUGGUAUUGAAAUUGAAACCU